AUGCACGACACCCAUAAGUCAAUCGAGUGGUCUUUGUGGACGUGGUACCAUAACAAAUCUCUGAUGAAAAACGUGCACUUGGCCAUCGAAAGCCUUCGCGAUAGCAUGCAACAGUUGAGCGGGUUGACUCCCGAGUGGAUGUGGGACGUUACGGUCGCUCGCUCCGCCGAGGAACUCGACGACCCAGACGAUUUGAAACAUUUCUGGUUGGCGAUGGGCGUGGAGGAGAGCGUCGUGGCCACCCUGGUCAGCUUGCGCUUGCGGUACUUUGGGGGUCGACUCGAGAUCCUUGACACAGGCGAUGCGGGCGAGGACACCUUCACCAAUAUCAAUUUCUGCUUGUUCAGCGUCUGGCGCUUGAAAAAGUUCAAUGGCAGCAGGUGGCAUGCUGCAACCCGGGCUUGCCAGAUGGGCGUCGGAGCAAUAUUUGGCGGGCUGCGCGGACUCGCCAAGCACGUGCUGGACCGCCCCAGCGCGCAGGACUUUUACUUGGGAGGCGUGGAGCGGCUCGGUUCGGACGAACUUCACUUCAUGGUGACGGCUGCUACGGCCAGUUUCCCAGCGGGCGCAGUGAUGCAGAUGUUGCUCAGAGAUUCCCGGGUGGCCAAGCACCUGUGCGCUCUGAAGACAACUAUUCGUGAGGCGAUGGAUAAACUUUGCAACUAUGGCGAUGGUAUAUGGGGUCUCUUCGGGAGAGUCUGCAACAUGGCUGGCCCUGAAGUGCGGCACUCGUCCAUUGGCGCGGCCCACGUCGCCAUCGGUUUCAUGAUGUUUCGCUUUGUCUGGAAAGCAGAAGGCGCCCCUUGGUGCAUGGUUCGUGGAGACGUUGAUGCCAAUUUGGACGCUCUCAAACGAGGCCCGAUACCGACCGAACCCAUCACGGAGCAGAUGUGGCAUCUGGACAAAUUCCCUUGGGGGCGGCGUGUCAACAGACAGGGUGUCGCGCUGCUGGCCGACAUACCCUGGGACACGAUUGCGGCGGAGCAUUUGCACGCUUCGGGGGCGCUCCGGGGCAAAUUUCGCCCUGACACAACGUGCGAGGGCCUGAUGGCGAGGGCGUUCAUACACAUGAGUAAGAAGGUCCCCCCAGGCCUCGACGAGGACGAACGCCGCGAAGCCAUGCUACACAAUCGUUUGAAGCGCCUCGAGAAAAGGCGGCCGCAAAGUUACCAGGGGCGUGAGCAGUAUGUGAAGGAACUCGUUGAGUUGUCCAAGGUCCGGGAGGCCCGCAACCUGCAGGCGUUCCACAGGGAACGACUCAAAAAAGCUGCAGAGAAGCCGCCGCUCCGGUUCUCUUCCUGCAAACUGGCGCAGGGUGAUUUCUUGGAGUGGGAUGAGAUCUUCAACAGCGGCGCCUUCAGGGAUGGUCGCGGUCUGGAUGACAUGCGCACGGCAGCCAGAGAGGCGCCGCCUAAGCUCACCAAGACGUUUCUCGAUGAGCUCGAGGGGUACGCAGCUGAGGAAGAGGGGAAGCACGACAGACCGCCCUGGUUCCCCGCGGUCGUUCGAAACAGGGAGUCGUUUGCGUCGACCAUUUUGGGGCUUCAGACCGGCGGCGAGUGCAAGUAUUACAAGUUUAUCUUCGCAGCGCAGAGUCCCCAGUUCAUCAUGUUCGCCCCACUCGGCGAGAAGGACGCGUACUUCCCCGCGCACGUCAGCAUGUUUGGCGGCAGCUGGGAAGAUGCGUGCGUUUCUCAGUGGCUUCAUAAUUUCACCUUCGGCGCCUUGGAUUUCGCUGCCUGGUUCGACCUCCCCCUACCAGACGACGCAGCCAGCAUUCGGGUGCUCCGGAAUGCGCAUUAUGCCGGCGGCUACGAUAUCGCGUGCGACGACGUGGGGGGGCCGCUCAGCGCGCUCUUGGCGUCGCUGCCGCGCGCCCCUGUCGCCGAGAACAGGAGCGGCGGGGCAUCGAGCACGCGCGCUUGGAAGGAUGAGUUCCUGAAGCACUGGCCGUGGUUAGCGGGGAAGUUCGAGGAGGAGGAAAGCGAGCGUCGGAGAGCUGCGGGCCGACGGUCAGGCUUGCGCAAGGGUGAGUCGGACGACGAGACACCCGAGGAGCAGCGCAUGAACGACGAGGACAUCGAGGAGAUGAUGGAGCAUCUCCACGCCGUCCGGGAGGAGUGGGAUUUGGGGCCAGAUGCGCCCCAGGAUUUCCUCCUCAAGGUACUGGGCGGAAAAUGGUGCAUGGAGCAUUACGGCGUGCCUUUCGACGCUUUCAAGGGCGAGGCGCACGGGGAGAUGGCCAUCGACUUCGCCGAGAGGUACCUUCGGGGCGCCACCGCACGAUUUAAUAUAUCAUUUUACACAAUACCCGGCGCGCAUUUAUGCGCGGAGACAUGGUGCUGCAAAGCGCAGCAUUUUUUUGACCGGCGGCUCGCGUCGGGCGCCAGGGACUAUGUUUUCACCGAACAAGAUGUCAUGGAGUACACUGAAACUCCGAAGUUUCUUCAGCUCGUCGAGGCGGCUACGGACCCGCGGGCGAAGAAGAG